AAGGAAGAGAAGAAGAAGACGAGGAAGCAGCUGUAGCAAAUCAUCAUGACGAGGAUAAUAAUUGAUGAAGGUGAAGUGUUCUCUCCUCAGUCAUAUCUGCUUUAAGUCUCGUCUCUUUCUGUCAGCAGGUGUUUUUGUGUCGUGGUGCGACUGAAGAUCUUCAACCACAGGCAACGAUGCACACUUCACUGGUCGUCAGCAGAAUGAGUUGGGGUUUACUUUUUAAUGGACUCCUUGUCUCUGUGGUCGCUGCUUUACUUUGGGAGUACUCCAAGUUAAGAGAACACGCUACCGUGCUUGAGGAAGAAUUGCACAUGACGCAGAGGUCCCAAGAAUUUACACAGACCCAAAUAGACUAUCAUCGAGCCCUCCAGGCACUUCAUGAGGAUGGCACCCGCAUGGUGUGCAGCAGCAAAAUGCACACUGAUCGUAUCUGCCGCUUUGACUACCUAUGCUACUGUACGGAGGGAGAUGAGUUUGUAUUCUUUCAUUCAAAUGCCUCUGUUAUGUUGCCAAAUUUGGGUUCCAGACGAUUUCAACCUGCUUUGCUUGACAUGUCUUCAGUAGAAGAUCACAAUACCCAGUAUUUCAACUUUUUAGAACUUCCAACUGCUGCUUUGAAGUUCUUGUCCAAGCCGGUGUUCGUACCCGAUGUAACGUUCAUUUUUAACAGGUUUAAUCCUGACAACAUAAUGCACGUAUUCCAUGAUGAUCUGCUGCCAGCCUUCUAUACGAUGAAAUUUUAUUCAGACCUGGAAGAGAGCGCACGUUUGCUGUUCAUGGAGGGUUGGGGUGAAGGGCCACACUUUGAUCUUUAUCGACUUUUAAGCAGCAAGCAGCCACUUCUCAAGGAGCAGCUCAAAGACUUUGGAAAGCUAAUUUGUUUUACUAAAUCUUAUGUUGGUGUGUCUAAGAUGACAACUUGGUACCAAUAUGGGUUUGUUCAGCCACAAGGGCCCAAGGCUAACAUUUUGGUCUCAGGAAAUGAGAUUCGACAGUUUUCGAAAGCUUUUAUGGUGAAAAUGAACGUCACAAGAUUCGCAGAGGUGGAGAAGACUUCUCGUAAUGCUGGAGAUGAGAGCGAGAAGGACGAAUACAUAGUUGUGUUCAGUCGCUCAACAACAAGGCUAAUGUUGAAUGAAGCAGAGUUAAUCAUCGCACUCGCUCAGGAGUUCAAGAUGAAAGUCUUGAAAGUUUCUUUGGAGGAACAAUCUUUUCCCAGCAUUGUACAGGUUAUCAGUGGUGCUUCAAUACUAGUGAGCAUGCAUGGAGCCCAGCUUAUCACCUCACUUUUUCUCCCCAGAGGAGCUAUUGUGGUCGAACUAUUCCCCUUUGCUAUUAAUCCAGAGCAGUAUGCUCCAUACAAAACACUUGCUACACUUCCAGGCAUGGAUCUCCAUUAUUUUUCAUGGCGGAACACUAAAGAGGAAAACACUGUUACCCAUCCAGACAGACCUUGGGAGCAAGGCGGUAUAACUCAUUUAGAGAAGCAAGAGCAGGAGCGGAUAUUGUCAAGCCAAGAAGUCUCAAGGCACUUGUGUUGUCGCAACCCAGAGUGGCUCUUCCGAAUCUACCAAGAUACUCUGAUCGAUAUCCCUUCACUUCUUGACGUUGUCAGGGAGGGCAUGAAGACUAGGCUCAGUUUUAACAAGUCCAAACCCGCCAAUAAGAUUCAUCCAGGCAAGGUCAGGGAACCCCAGUGUCAAACCUCGGUACAGGCUACUGACAAAGCACAACUUAUAAUCUCGUGGAAGAUACCGUGGAAUUUGAAAUACCUUAAAGUGAAAGAGGUGAAUUAUGAGGUUUGGAUUCAAGAGCAAGGAGAAAACACUUAUAUGCCUUAUAUCAUCCAACAGCAAAACUUCACGUUUUCAGAAAACAUUAAGCCUUUUAUUACCUACCUGGUAUGGGUCAGGUGUAUAUUCAACAAUAACCUUCUGGGUCCCUUUGCAGAUGUUCUUGUGUGUAAAACUUAAGACAGUAUUCUGCCCUACCAUUUGUAAUAUGAUUACAUAUCGUGUAUGUAUCGUUUUUUUUUUUUGUUGUUGUCUUUGACAUUAAAAAAUGUAA